AUGAUGGCGCGCCGGCUCUUGCAUGCGUCGAACGGCCGCCAGCCGGCCUCGCGUGCUCACAGCGGUGCCUCCGGGGGCCCGCGGAGCGGUCGCGGCCGAAAUCCGCAGCACAGCGGUGCAUCGGCUUCUUCGCUAUCCUUGUCUUCCUCCUCUUCUUCUGCCUCUUUCUCUGCUGCCUCUUCGCCGCUUUUUCGUUUCCCUCCGCAGCUCUCUCGCUCUCUCUCUAGAAACGUCAGCGCCACCAACCUGCGGCCGCCCCGCCGCGGGCUGCCUGGAGCCAACGCGCCCGCCCCCCCGCCUUCCUCGUCCGCAUCGUCUGUGCCUUCUGUCUCUUCGUCUUCAAGCGCCGACAGCGCGGACGCGCAGGGGCACCUGCCUGCCGCGUUUUCUGCGGUGAACGCCGAGGCCGGCGGCAUCGGCUCCGCCGCCCCUUCAGCCGGCGGGCACGCGGCAGAGAGCGGAUUCGCCGCCUCGACCGCCGAAAGCGCGAGUUUGAGAGGCGUGCAUCCGUCAGGCAAGCACGAAAAAGUAAAUCCGCGGGCCCUUCCCUUCACCCCUGCCUAUCGCCAGUUCGAUCUGUCGAGCUUCGUGGACAAACGACGCGUCUGCGCGAACUGGAGAGUCACUCACUUCCCGGAGAUCUGGGCGCUCGCGAAAAACAGAUUUCUUCGCGCGCCCGACGAGGAUCAAUACUUGGACAGCCCGUUGUUUGGCGACGCAGAAGUCGGGUUCUGGUUUCUGCGGCUGUAUCCAUACGGAGACUCGAAGAACGCAGGCUCGCUCGAGUUGUACCUGAUGAUUGACAGCUGCCUCUCUGAGGACGUCGUCGUUCACUACAAACUGCAGAUCUUUAAACAGCACCCCUCAGCUUCCUUUCCGCUCUCGCAAACGCACAACAACCGCGACUUUCUCAUCCAGUACGAAGACAGCGAUCUCUAUUCCAAAAAUGAACCCGGCGUCGGCUAUGGCCCUACGCACCUAUGUGACGUGAGCACGCGGCGCAAGGCGCGAGCGCUGGCGUGGGCGGACGGCAGUCUGCGCAUCCGCGUGCUGAUGGACUGUCCCAUCUUGGAUGCGCUGGCGGGUUUCCGCGCGAGAAGCGACAGCGGCGCAGCGAGCCGUCCGAUCGUUGCACUGAAGCAUUUGUCGUCAAAACGCGACGAAGAUGGAGGCGCCGCAGUGAGAGAAAAGACCCACCCGCUCCAGCGCCGCGCGCCGCCCUCCCUGUCCGAUGAACUCACGGCGUUUCUCGAUGAACAGGAAACCGACUUGGAACUUCUCUUCAACGGAGAGGUCUUCGACGCAAGCAAGCUGAUUCUCGCCUCCCGAUCCAAAGUCUUUCGUGCGAUGCUGCGCGGGCCUUUCCAAGAGGGGAAAGGAGAGUCCUCGGUCGCGAGUCCAGUCCCUGUUCGCGGUUUCCAGAAUCGCAGCUGCGCCGCGUCGGAGUUGGACCAAUUCCAGGGAAAAACGCGAAUAAAUCUUUCUGAAACUGCAGGCUUGACGGCCGGCUCUCUCCGCAAUCUCCUUAUCUACAUGCAUACCGACACGUGCCCUCUGUUGGCGAGCGAGGAGGAGAGGAAGGACGCCGAGGCUGGUGCGCCGCUGCUGAACGAAGUCGAGCGCGUGAACGCCCUCCUUGAGCUCCUCAUCGCUGCAGACCUUUACGACGUUCAGAGUGUGUACGAGCGCUGCAUCGACGAGGUCAUCAGUCGCCUCUCGCGGCAGAACUUCGCGGCGAUUCUCUUCUGUGCAAGUCGCAUCAACUGCCGGCGCCUCGCGAAAGCAACUCGUCUGUUUGCCAACUCGCUGAGCGGCGGCGCAGUGGCGGGGAAGAUGCUUCAGCUGCUCGAGUCGUGUUGGACCGUCGCUGCGCGCCCUGGCGGCUCCGCGUCGGUUUCCCUCUCUGCCUCCUCGCCAGCCCAAGACGCGCCGGCGCCCGCGAGCGAGCGCGAGACCGGGGUGAAAACCCGAGAGCUCGACGACAGCCCGCGAAGCGACGCCGACGUCGUUACCCUGGUGCCGGGGGGGUCAAUUCUGCUGACCUCAGGGCAGAUCGGCGGUGGGCGCGAAACGCCCAGACUCAACGCGGCAACUCAGCUCUGCAGACGGCGAACGUUCGCAAGCGCAGGAAGUGAGCACACAAGCCGCGGCAGAGGCGGCGCCGGAGAGGACGCGGAAGCCCUUGACAAGUUCCCUCUGUCUCCCCUCUCAGCGAGUCGCACGGGGCUCGGCGCCGAUGCGAAGGCCACCGGCAACAAGCGGACCCGAUGCGCAGUCGCGACCGAGGCUGGCGCACACGCGGAGGGCGACGGAGGGCGAGCAGAGAAUGCGAGGCGCGGCGGCGCUGCGCCUGCCGCUCAGCGCUUUUCGUCGGGUGAGCUCGAAGGAGCCGAGAGGGGUGAAGAGCGUGCGCGCGUCUCGUCUAAGGCCUGUGGGCUUUCCCAGGCGCUGUCUUCCUGCGCUUCCUUGUCAGCCGCGCACUGCCUGGCAGAGGGAACGUUCGACUUCACGACGAAACCCGCCGGCAGCGGCCAACGGGCGUGUUCCUGGGCAGCGCACGGGCCGCGUGUCUUCCCGCGCCUGGAGUUGCAGGACGCCGACUUGGAGGGGCGCCUUUGUACGUGCCUCUCUUCGCCUCGUCGCGUGUGCCAGCUCGCCGCUUGCUGUCGGCGGUCUGCAUGCGCCUCUCUCGAGGAAGCCUCUUCUCCCGCUGCGAAGUCUCACGCCUGCGCGUUCCCUCGCGCCGCUCAAUCUGGCUCGGCGUCCUGCCGAAUCGCGUGCGCCGCUUGCACGUCUUCGUUUCCAGCCUGCUUUACUGCGUCGCGGUCGGCGUCUUUCGCAGAGUUCUCUUCGCGCACGCCGUGCGCGCGCUGCUCCUCAGUCAGCGCCCUGUCUGAGCCCUGCAGCCUUCGCGCGUCGGCGACGGCAGAAAACAAGGAAGAAAGCCUUCCGCUGUGCGUGGGCAUCGAGCACAGCAGCCAGCGCAGGGGGGCACCGCCUGCCACUCCGCAGCCGCCAGGCGAGCACGAAGCCCGCGACGGGCUUGUGCGGGGGACCGCGAACGCGAACGAAGUAGGAAGCGAAGGAGAGAGAGAGAGGCCCUUCCCUGCGCGUAGCUUCCGGCCGCCUUCGUUGUUCGGAUCCCGCCCGCGGAAGAAACAACGCGUCGCCGCCGACGCCGACCCGCUGGCAGCUGAGACAGAAAGGCAGCUGCGGAGGAAAUCCGGCGAAAGCGAGGAAGAAGAAGACCUCUCCGAAUUCUGUCCGCGACGACCCUGGGAAGUUCUGCGGCGCGCCGUCGGCUCCUCCGCAGACGGGGGAGAGGAGGGCAUGUGCACUACGAGGCAGGCCGCACCGAGGCGGACAGAAGUGGAGUGCAGCUCGCUCGCAGCAGAAAGCACGUUCUUUGCCUUGCAGGCGUCUCUGCGGCUCUCGCAAGCGUCGUCAGCGCCAGGAGAUCCGCAGGCCCCCUCAACUCGUUUCCACACUCCCUUCGCAGCCUCUUUGCGCUCCCCGUGCCCUCCGCCCCCGCCUCCACCUCCACCUCCUUCUUCGCCUGCGUCUCCUUUGCGUUCCCUCCAGUUCGGUUCUUCUCGUGCCUCCUCGUCCCCUCGCUUUCCUUCUCAGGCCGCCCUUCUGCCGUCCCCAGGAGUCUCGAGUCCUUCUCCCUCGCCUACGGCUCCUCCCUCGCCCGCCACUCUCGCUCCUCGCGGCUUCCGCGGGCGCGAGGCGAGCGGCCUGCGCUCCACAUCGGAGUCUCGACGCGAGAAGCGACCGAGUUCAGCCGGCUGUUCAGCGGGAAGGCUCUCUAUAGACGCGAGUCUGUCUGCGCUCCCCGCUGGCGCGGACCGCGCGCCUGGGGGCUCGCCCUCCUUGGCCGGGGCUCCUGCUUCGAGCGAGGCCAGCUGCCUGGUAUCUGCGUUGCCGAGAGAUGCCUCAUCGCUUUCUUCUUCUGCCCUCAUUAGGUGCGAUCCUUUUCAGGGGAGAAACGCAGCAGCGAGAACGAAGUCUCAGGAGGACGGCGGCCGCCCAUCGCCCGCAUCCGCACGCCGCGCGUCUCGCGCCUCUUGGCGGCUUUCCACGUCUUCGAAAGGUUGUGAAACGCUGAACAAUCCUCUACUCACAGACGCGCACGACAAAGGGCAGCCUCCCCGUCUCUUUCCAGCCUCCUCCUCCUCCCCCUCUUCGCCGACGCAUCGGGGGCACCCGCUGUUCUCCUCUGCGGCGCCCUUCACGGGGUCGUCCUCAGCUUCGCUGCAGGCCAGGUUCGCGGGCUCCUCUGCGGCAGAGUCGUCUGCGCGCAGCAGCGGACAAAGUCUUGAGGAAGACGCACGUCGCUCUGUCGGCGCUGCGGAGCUAGCAACCGCCACCUCGCCGCGGAGGCCGGAAGUCGGCAGUCCUGCCAUCGGGCGGUGCGAAGAAGCGCGGAAUGCAGCGAGCGCGGAAAGCGAGGAGGCGAAUGCGGGCGCCACAGAGGAGAAGCAAAACGAGGGGCGUCGAGGGGAUCGCGAGGAGGAGGCUGCGGAGCUUGCUGCUGUCGCCGAAAGCCUGCCACCCCAAGCAGAGACCGAAACGCGCUGUCCUUCCUUCUCCUCGCCCUCCUCCUCUCCGUCUCCUUUCUCUUCGCCUUCGUCUUCGAGUGCCUCUUCGUCGUGCCCUUCGCGAGCCGCUGCGGUGCCGCCGUCGAUUGAUUCGGCGGCUGCCUCCGUCGCUGUGUGGCCCCUCCCGGGGCGUGGAGCUGCCUCCCUCUGCCGACGUGGGGGGGAGUCGCUCUCGAAGCUUUUCUCGGCGUCGCUGGGUGAGAGCAGCGUCAGCGCGGACGACGAGGGACGCCUGGCGUGUCUGAAGGCGGACACAGGCGGGAUUUAG